UCCCCCUCUCAUCCAUUAGCAGGAAGAGCGAGCGCUGGCAGACGAGAAGAGGACGGAGCGCAGGAGGACGACCAGAGCAGACGACAAACCAAACAGAAAAGCAUCAUGGACGCCUUGAAGAAGGGAUUCUCCAUGGCCAAGGGCGGCGUGGUGGCUGCCGCCGAGAAGACGAAGGCUGGCGUGGAGGAGGCGGCCACCAAGACGAAGGAGGGGGUCAUCUAUGUGGGAAACAAGACGAUGGAGGGCGUGGUGACAGGUGUCAACACAGUUGCUCAGAAGUCGACGGAUCAGGUCAACGUCGCUGCUGAGACUGCGGUUGCCGGGGCCAACGAGGUCGCCCAGGCGACAGUGGAGGGCGUGGAGAACGCCGCGAUGGCGAGUGGAUUCGUCAGCGCGGAGGAGGCGGGGCCAGUGGCUGCAGAGGCUGACCUUCCAAAAACAGCAGCAGGAGGAGAACAGAACCAGCCGGCUGCAGAAUAGACUCUAAAGGAGAAGAGGAGGAAGAUGCAGCGACCUUCAUCUUCUGGGAUUAACUUCUAAUCAGUAAAUAGCCUUCACCUUCGUACUCCCGCUGUUGCUAUGGUUACGCAGCCUCCGCCCGCCGCGCUCUGGCAAGCCGAGUCAAGUGUUUGCAAUGCAGUCAGCUGACCGUCCAGAGCUUUACAUGAAGACGAGAGCCCCGCCCUCCUGCAGUCAGACCGCUGACAGAGCCCGCCUCCUGAUAGACUGCCUAGUGUGGAGCUGGUCAUGUGACUCGCGCUCACUUCCUGUUGGUUGAUUGUGCUUUAGAAACUAAAAUAAAAGAGUUUGAACUCCA